GGUAGUACCGCCUCUGGGCCUCAGCCUCUGUCAUUCCCGAGCGGAUUGUUUGUUGUCAAAAUGGAGUUCUUACUUGGCAAUCCGUACAGCACUCCUGUGGGCCAAUGUAUAGAGAGGGCCACAGAUGGAGGUCUACAGAACGAGGACUGGACCCUCAACAUGGAAAUCUGUGAUAUCAUAAACGAGACAGACGAGGGGCCAAAAGACGCCAUGCGGGCGCUGAAGAAGAGGCUCAGUGGCAACAAGAACUACAGAGAAGUGAUGCUGACGCUAACGGUAUUGGAAACAUGUGUGAAGAACUGUGGCCACAGGUUUCACGUCCAGGUGGCCAACAGAGAUUUCAUUGAUGGCGUUUUGGUCAAAAUCAUCUCUCCCAAAACCAACCCUCCAACCAUCGUACAAGAUAAAGUGCUGUCACUCAUACAGGCCUGGGCUGAUGCCUUCAGGAGUAGCCCUGACCUUACUGGGGUGGUCCAUAUUUAUGAGGAACUGAAGAGGAAAGGCAUUGAAUUCCCAAUGGCAGACCUGGACGCAUUGUCUCCAAUUCACACACCACAGAGGGGUACACCUGAAGUGGACCCAGCCAUGAUCAAGUACCUCGCCCCCGCAUCACCUGCUGCCAGGACUCCUAAGCCCGCCCCGACCCCUGUCUCUGCCACACCGGUCUCCAACGUGCCCAGCCCCAUCACAGCAACACCUGAGCAGAUCGCCCGGCUGCGCAGUGAGCUGGACGUAGUGAGAGGAAACAUUAAAGUCAUGUCAGAGAUGCUGACAGAGAUGGUCCCUGGGCAGGAAGAUGCCUCUGACCUGGAGCUGCUGCAGGAGCUGAACAGGACAUGCAGGGCUAUGCAGCAGAGAGUGGUUGAGCUGAUUUCACGCGUCUCUAAUGAGGAGGUGACUGAGGAGCUGUUACACGUCAACGACGACCUCAACAACAUUUUCCUUCGAUAUGAGAGGUAUGAGAGGUACAGGUCGGGUAGAGCUGCGCAGAACAACGGGAUGUUGAAUGAGGCCACAGAAGACAACCUGAUAGACCUGGGCCCAGGUUCCCCUGCUGUGGUCACACCCAGGAUCACAUCCAGCCCUCCACCCCACUCCACUGCUGGGGCCACUGCCACCCCGGCCCAUAACCCCACUGCAGCGUCGCUGUCCACUGCACUAGCUGGCCUUGAUGUAGGUUCAGACAGCGUGAGCGGCACCCUGACGUCCCUAUCGGGCCGCAACCAGGAUGACUUCGACAUGUUUGCGCAAACCAGGAGUAGCUCUCUGGCCGAACAACGCAAAAACGUUAAGUAUGAGGACCCACAGGCUCUGGGAGGCCUGGCUUCAGCUUUGGAUGUGAGACAGCAGAACACAGGAGGGCUGAGGGUAAAAGGGGAUGAUAACCCAGCAGAUCAGGAGCUGCCCAUAGACAGCUGGCUUAUUACCCAAGGAAUGAUCCCCGUAUCGCAGUCCUCUGUCAUGGAUGACAUAGAGGAGUGGCUCUGUGCUGACGUGAAAGGGGAUGCUGCUGAGGAGGGGGUGACCAGUGAAGAGUUUGAUAAGUUCCUUGAGGAGCGGGCGAAGGCAGCCGACACCCUGCCAUCUCCCCCCGGAGCUAACCCCGCUCACCCAGCCCGAGCCCCUGGUGGCUCCCACAAGAAAGCCGAACGGACGGAAGAUGCCCUCUUUGCCUUGUAGACUGUUCUUGGAGAACCUUGAUGUCUCUCCAGGGCAUCUAGAGGUCUUCGCCCUAAAUGAUCCCCCCCCAAACAGUCCCUCCAGUCCCAUUUCAUCGCUGACUGGCAGUGCUGCAGCAAGUGAUUUCCACCUCCUUGUCAUUCUCAUGCCACAGUGUUGCUCUAAUAUACAGAGGUCCAACAUGUGUACCGCGCACUACUGUGUUGCGUUUAACUAUAUAUGGGUGUAUUAAUCUGUUAGUGUGGGAUGUAUUACUCACAGCCUUGCAUCUCAUUUGUAACACUCCACCAAAGGAAGACAACCAAGCGUGUCUGAUGUGGUAUAUUACUGCAAAACUGAUGGAAAAUUUCACUGCAUUGAGUCAGUAUGGAAGCACACAAUUUGGACCAUAUCGUGCUGUUUUACUACAUUCAGCUGUUUGCUAAUUUAUGCAUUUAUUGUUAUAAUGGUUUGUUCUGUACUAUGUACUAGCACUGUGGUUAUGGUCGGUCCAUGCAUUUUUUUCUACUCCAGUCAGAGUUCUAGUCAUGCUUGUAAAACUUAAAUGUGUGGAAUGGCAACAUGUGUUAUUACCUAGUUUGCCUGAGGCGGUGUUAUGUUAACAGGCAAAUUUUGCUAACUGGGAAUAUAAUAGCUAAAGUAUAGCUAAUUGUGAUGAGUGUAUGCCAGCAUUCCUUUAACCAAAGGGAUUAAAAAACAAAACUAACUAAAAAGCACUAGUUAAGAUUCUCUGCUAUGUAUUUUGAAUGGCUAAGGGGAAGGAACAUGCCCAUCGAAUAUCUCCCAUUGAUCUUUUCAGUCCUCUGAAAAGCUACAACAAAUUAACUGAUAGAAAUAUGAUCUUGAACAACUGCGAAACACGUUUAACCAUUCCAAAGACUAUUAAGGCUUUAAGGACCUACUCGCACUUAACGUUACCUGUUGAACAAUAAUCACGUUUGUGUGUUAAAAAAUGUUAAGGGAUCGUGAACAUUUUCCUUCCCCUGCUAUGAUUGAUGUCUGCACUUUGAAGCAAAAACAAAUCUGUAUUUUGUCCUUUUGUGUUUACAAGAUGGUUACUAUUUUUCUAGGGGAUGGGAAAUGGUCUUUAGAUUGACUUCAUUUUGCACAUAACUUUUCUAACUGUAGUUGUGGCGCUUGUUCACACAGACGUGGAUGGAUGAACUGUCAAAUUUAUGACUGCAAACUUUGAAGCGUAUUAGAAAUUGCAGAGAUGCAAGACAAAAUAUGGCAUUUAAAUUAUCAGCAUUACUUAGCGCUGGCAUCAUAACUGACUAAAAGACAUAAAGUAUAGCUUAGAAUAAUGCGCUGUUAUAAAAGGAUGUAUUUAUAUAGGUAGGUCUUCAUUUACUCUAUACUAUGUAAUCUAUAUACCUCAAAAUACAGGAAUGUUAGUUUCUGUAUCUGUUUAAAAUGUAUUGGCUCAUAUUAAUAUCCAGAAGGCAGAGAGGUUUAUGUAUUAUUUGAUCCCCUGAUUGUAUUUUUAUAGAUCAUGUAAGAAGAAGAAAACACGUUUGUACCCUUGUACCACUUCAUCUUUUUUGUGGCUCAGACUGAAGCAUGCAGCAAACAAACACAAAUGUUAAUGUAUUUUCAUUCUGGUAUGAUUCAUCUGCUCUUGUUGGAGCUGCUGCCAAGGAUUUCUGUGAUUGACUGAUUGCAGCAGAGUAGCUCUGACUGGAGUUUGCCUUUGGUGUAUGUGAGAUCACACUGAGACAAAAAGUAGUUCUGUUUUCAUUCCAGCUCUUUUGCUGAUACUCUGGUUUGUCUUAACAUUGCUCUUAAAAGAUUUUUUAUUUUGCUUUCAAUCCAAUUAAGACCAAAAGCCUUGUCAAUCAGAGGCAGUCCGUUUGACACUCCUCCCCAGUUGUAAAAGCCUAAUCAAACUUACUUGUUUAAUAAUCUGUUGUCAGUAUAGACCUUCCACUGGAGGGAAGUUAUUUGUCUCUAUGUAAUCAUUAUGAUUAAAUAUCUAAAUGUAUAUUAGUUGAGAAAAAUUAAUGAUUAAUGCUUAAUUAGCUUUAACUUUCUUUAAUGCAGUAUGGUUACAUAUGGUUAAAUAGGUUCAUUAUGGUUGCCAGGUAACUGUAUUAGCAUAGCAUCAAAUUUACAAUCAACCAUUUGUGUAAUUUUUGAAAAACUUUAACCAUGCAGGCUGAACAAAGACGAUUACUAAAAAGGAGAUCCUUUAAAAGGGAACUUUUUCUGUGAUUGUGCGUUACUUAUCUCGCUAUCUGUAACAGAGUGUAUUGUGUUACUUGCUUUUAUGAAGCUUAAGUCCUGAUAGCAACAUGUAUUCCUCGAAAUUGUGGCUAUCUCAGAAUGGUUACUGAAUGUCUUUUAAUACUGACGAGGCAGAGUGUUAAGUUAAUACAUUGUGGACACGGGAAAGAGGCUUGUUUUCUGUUGGUGGGUGUCCCAUGUCUGUUUGGCUGUGCCGUCUGCUGCCAUUACUAAUGGUCAGAUUUUUUUGUUUGACCUAAUGCACGUAUGUAACUGCCCAAUAAAACACUAGCAAUGUGUGACCUCUA